AUGGCGUAUUCAUUAUUAGCGCCACAGAGCUUCGCAGGCGUUCCUAAGCCUAGGAAGAUGGCAUUCCCCUUCCACGGCUGGCUGCAGAAGGUGCCCGCCAGCGGCGCGGCUGGCGCCGGCCGGAAUGAGGGCGGCCGGCCAGGCCCGGGGGGCCCGGCCUCACCCUGGGCAGGGCAAGAAAGAGCUAUUUCCAAAUGUAGGGAUAAUGAUGAGACAGCAAAAGAAGAGAAAGCACCUGUGAAAGAGAAGCAUGUUCCAAAACCGAAGGCAAUCCCUUCUCUUGGAAACAAGAAUAGAUUCCAUCCCUAUUCAAAGGACAAGAACGUGGGCACUGGAGAGAAGAAGACUAUUAAUCGUAGUAGAGUUUUCAUUAGCAACAUCCCGUAUGACAUGAAAUGGCAAGCUAUUAAAGAUCUUAUGAGAGAGAAAGUUGGUGAGGUUACAUACGUGGAGCUGUUUAAGGAUGCUGAAGGAAAAUCAAGGGGUUGUGGUGUGGUUGAAUUCAAAGAUGAAGAAUUUGUUAAGAAAGCAUUAGAGACUAUGAACAAAUAUGAUCUUAGUGGAAGACCCCUGAAUAUUAAAGAGGAUCCUGAUGGCGAACAUGCUCGUAGGGCACUACAUCGUGUAGGAGGACAGUUUCCAGGAGGACAUGGACCUGAUAUGACACCUGGAUUAAUGAAUUUACCACCUUCUAUUCUCAAUAAUCCAAACAUUCCUCCUGAGGUUAUCAGUAACUUGCAGGCAGGCAGGCUUGGGUCUACUAUUUUUGUUGCUAAUCUUGACUUCAAAGUUGGCUGGAAGAAACUAAAGGAGGUAUUCAGCAUUGCCGGAACAGUAAAACGUGCAGAUAUCAAAGAAGACAAAGAUGGCAAGAGUCGAGGAAUGGGAACAGUUACAUUUGAACAAGCAAUUGAAGCUGUUCAAGCAAUAUCUAUGUUCAAUGGACAGUUCUUGUUUGAUAGACCCAUGCAUGUCAAAAUGGAUGACAAAUCAAUUCCUCAUGAAGACUUCCGUGUUGCAGAUAGCAAAACUCCACAGUUACCUCGUGGUCUUGGUGGCAUUGGUAUGGGACUUGGACCAGGUGGACAGCCCAUCAGUGCAACACAAUUGAGCAUGGGUGGUGGAAUGGGCAGUAUGGGUCCAGGAGGUAUGGGAAUGGAUGGUCCAGGAUUUGGUGGAAUGAGCAGAAUAGGAGGCGGGCUUGUUGGCUUUGGUGGAAUGGAAGGAAUGGCUAACAUGGGAGGAUUUGGAGUCAGCCGAAUGGGAGAAAUGUUCCGUGGGGGAAUGGGAGGAAAUAUGGACAGAGAUUUUGGGCGUAGUGACAUGGCAUUGAACCGUGGUUUCGGAGAUUCUUUUGGAAGGAUGGGUGGUGGAAUGGGUGGUAUGAGCGGUAUGCCUGGCGGAAUGGGAAUGGGGAUGGAUCGGAUGAGUUCUGGUUUUGAGCGAAUAGGACCAGCUAUGGGUGGAGGCCUGGACAGGAACAUCGAUAUGGAUCGAGGAUUUGUGGCUGGCCCAAUGGGAGGCAUGAGAGAGAGAUUAGGCUCUAAAGGCAACCAGAUAUUUGUCAGAAAUCUUCCUUUUGACUUGACUUGGCAGAAGCUAAAGGAGAAAUUCAGUCAAUGUGGUCAUGUAAUGUUUGCAGAAAUAAAAAUGGAGAAUGGAAAAUCAAAAGGCUGUGGAACAGUCAGAUUUGACUCACCAGAAUCUGCUGAAAAAGCCUGUAGGAUAAUGAACGGCAUAAAAAUCAGUGGCAGAGAAAUUGAUGUACGCUUGGAUCGCAAUGCAUAAUUUAAAACUAUAUGUUCAGGAACAUUCCUAUGUCUGUUUAGCUUCUCUAUCCUAGUAAGUCAUUUUUAGUAACAUUGUAUGCUUACAAAAGCUGUAAAAACGAACUUUUAAAUCCCACCAGCCUUUAACAGUAUAGUGUUUAAUAUACUGUGAUACUUGUUAACUGAAUCUUACUAUGUUUGGUUUUUAAAGACAAUUUGCCUGAUUUUUGUUUUUGUUCUUUUGUUUGUUUUUUUAGAGGCACUGAGCCCACCUGCAGGUUCCAUUAGACGGUGGGAGCUCUGGAUGCUCAGUGCCUUUGGAAAAUUAGGCCAAGUGUCUCUAGUCAUUCAGUUUAAAUGAAUGGUUAUACUGUUUUUAAUAAAAUAAGCCAUUUUCUCUGUUAAUCUCAAGAUUGCAUAGUGGGAUUUGUUUUUUUUUUCUGAUUUUUUUUUCUUCCUCCCCCCCGCCCUACCCUGUAUCAACAUUAUAAUGUAAAAAUUGGAUGUCUCUUUUUUUCAAAAUUUUGGUUUUAUAUGUGCAUUGUAGUCAUACUGUAAUUCUUGACUUUAAAAGAAAGGGCUCCAAGUAGGCUGUGAUGUUUUUGUUCUACUUAAUAUUACUUUAAUGCCAUGACUCCGUUCUGUAAAUAAGAUUUAGAGCCCAGUGGGAGUUUUGGAUUUUUUUUUUUCUGACUAAAUGAAGAAACUGAUCGUUCUCUCUUGCUUUUAUUUUUUCUUCAGUAUAAUCACUGAUUAAAACUAGUUACCACAGACCCUUGUAGGAUUGUUCCCUAUGAUACCAAGUUCAUAUAAAAUUGAUAAUAUAGUAAAUACUAAGUACAGUACAAGACAGAUUGCUCCCAAUUUUUUAUCUAUUUUCCAGCCGUUCAGGUGAACUGCCAGAAAAAUAAAAACAACAGAGCAGAUAAGAGAAAUGGCUGUGUAUGUCAAACCACUGCUGUUCACUUCUAUGGGUCCUGAUGUAUUUAUGAAGGCAGUUUUUAUAAACCAGGGUAUUCCCAAGCACAGCAUAUCAAAUACGUUGGAUCCUACAAUGUUAGACAUAGCCAUAUCUCCAUUUCCUGCAAAAAAAAAAAAAAAAAA